AUGCCAAGAUUAUUUACAGGUGAUGAAUUUUAUAACCAUGUGGUUGAAUAUCAGAAGACUUCUGAUGCAGCAAAGGUGGCACAAGAAGAUUGUCAUAAACAAAAGGAAGAGCAAUCUGGUGUGUUGACAGAGUGGAAGAAAGUGGAAAAUUUGUGGAAGACCUGGAAUAUAGCAUGCAGAGAAGCUUACAAUGAGGUGAUGUGCUUGUGGAAGGAGGAAAGCAAUCUUGCAAAACAGGAGCAAAGGCAGGUGGGGUGGGCAAUGCCAAAGUUAGGAAAGCUGGAGUCACAAGCUCCAAAGCCAGGACCUGUUGACAAGGGAAGCAAGGGAAAUGGGGAGGUCACUGGCAGUGAGCAUGAGCAGAGCAUUGAUGGCACAGAGUGA